AUGGGUUCUGUGAGCAGAAUUGAUUCGAAGCCUCAUGCUGUGUGCAUAGCAUACCCAGCACAAGGCCACAUAACUCCAAUGCUGAAGCUAGCAAAGCUUCUUCACAACAAAGGCUUCCACAUAACUUUUGUUAACACUGAAUACAAUCACAGACGUUUUCUCAGAUCAAGAGGACCCGAUUCGCUCAAAGGCCUUCCCUCGUUCCGAUUCGAAACCAUCCCAGACGGCCUUCCUCAGGACCCUGACGACCAUGCUGACGUCACUCAGGACGUGCGUUCUCUGUGUGAGUCCACAAGAACGACUUGCUCUCCGCACUUCAAGAAGCUCAUUUCCAAGCUCAAUAGUGAUGGCGGUGUUCCUCCUGUGACUUGCAUUGUGUCUGAUAGCAUCAUGAGUUUCAGUGCUGAUGCUGCUGAAGAAUUUGGCAUCCCUUUGGUGAUGUUUUGGACUGCAAGUGCUUGUGGAUUUGUGUGCUAUAUGCACUAUCAUAAACUUGUUCAAAAAGGCUUAAUACCAUUCAAAGAUAUGAGCUAUGUCACAAAUGGAUAUUUGGAGACUACCCUAGAUUGGGUGCCCGGAAUUAAAGAAAUUCGAUUGAGGGAUAUGCCCAGCUUCCUCAGAACCACAGACCUAAAAGAUAUUAUGCUUGAUUUCUUCAUAGGAGAGUGUGCAAGAGCUCACAAAGCUUCAGCAAUAGUAAUGAACACAUUUGAUGCUUUGGAGCAUGAUGUUUUGGAAGCAUGUUCUUCCAUUCAUAACAUGCCUCCUAUUUAUCCCAUUGGUCCCUUGAAUUUUCAACUGAACCACUUCAACAACGAGCACUUAAACAAAAUUUCAUCCAACCUUUGGAGAGAGGAUCUAGAGUGUCUUGAAUGGCUAGACAAACAAGAGCCCAAUUCAGUUGUGUAUGUGAACUUUGGUAGCAUCACAACUAUGACCAAUGAAAACUUAAUAGAGUUUGCUUGGGGACUUGCCAAUAGCAACAAAAAAUUCUUUUGGGUAAUUAGGCCAGAUCUUGUGGCUGGUGAAAUUGCUGUGUUACCUCCUGAAUUUUUGGAAGUGACAAAAAUUAGAGGCAUGUUAGCAAAUUGGUGUCCCCAAGAACAAGUUUUGGCUCACCCUUCAAUUGGGGUGUUUUUGACACACAGUGGUUGGAACUCAACAUUGGAAAGUGUGUGUGGUGGUGUGCCAAUGAUAUGUUGGCCCUUCUUUGCUGAGCAACAAACCAAUUGUAGGUUUUGUAAUAAGGAGUGGGGAAAUGGGUUGGAGAUAGAACAUGUUAGUAGGGAGAAAAUUGAAAGCCUUGUGAGGGAGUCAAUGGAUGGAGAGAAGGGUCAAGAUAUGAGACAAAAUGCUUUGCAAUGGAAGAAAUUAGCCAAGGAUGCUGCAUCUGCCCCACAUGGAUCCUCAUUUCAGAAUCUAGAGAAUGUGCUUCAUCAAGUUCUAUUGAACAAUUUCACUACUACAAAGUAG